AUGACUCAAUACGACUCCCGUACGUCUGUUGCUGACCUGGUGGGAAACACCCCCUUGGUGCAACUGACCAAACUUCCCAAGGCGCUGGGCGUAAAGCCCCAAGUUUAUGCCAAACUGGAGCUCUACAACCCUGGCGGAUCCAUCAAAGAUCGGAUUGCCAAAUCCAUGAUAGAGGACGCAGAAGCGUCGGGCAGAAUCCACCCUUCCAAAACCACCUUGAUCGAGCCUACGUCAGGUAAUACUGGUAUUGGUUUGGCGCUGAUGGGCGCGAUCAAGGGCUACAGAACAAUUAUUACUUUGCCUGAGAAGAUGUCGAACGAAAAAGUAUCUGUUUUGAAGGCAUUAGGCGCCGAAAUUAUCAGAACUCCUACAGCAGCUGCUUGGGACUCGCCUGAAUCCCACAUCGGUGUCGCUCGGAAAUUGGAGAAGGAGAUUCCUGGCGCAGUCAUCUUGGACCAAUACAACAACAUGAAAAACCCAGACGCCCACUACUUGGGCACGGGUAAAGAGAUCCACUACCAACUGGCCCAAUUAAACGCAUUCGAGAAGCUACACGGUGUCUUUGCAGGUGCAGGUACCGGUGGUACCAUCAGUGGUAUCUCUAAGUACCUCAAGGAACAGGACUCCAACAUCAAGAUCGUUGGCGCUGAUCCUGUGGGUUCUAUCUUGGCUCAACCUGAAAACUUGAACAAAGGUGACGAUGCUGAAUACAAAGUGGAAGGUAUCGGGUACGAUUUCAUUCCAAAAGUGCUGGACAGAAAGUUGGUGGAUACCUGGUACAAGACAAAUGACUUGGACUCCUUCAAAUAUGCUCGUCAAUUAAUUGCUAACGAAGGUUUGCUUGUUGGUGGGUCGAGUGGUAGUGCCUUUUCAGCUAUGAUGAAGUACUGCGAAGACCAUCCAGAGUUGACAGAGGAGGAUGUAUUGGUGGUAAUUCUACCAGAUUCUGUUAGAUCUUACUUGACCAAGUUUGUUGACGAUGAAUGGUUGAAAAAGAACGAAUUGUGGGAUGACGAAAUUUUAAAGCCCUUGGGCAGAAGCCAAGUCGAUAUUUUCAAGGGUGCUACGGUCAAACAAUUGAACCUGAAGCCCGUCGUGUCUGUCAAGGAAGAUGCCUCUAUUUCGGAAGUCGUCAAAAUUUUGACUGAUAAUGGCUUCGAUCAAUUACCAGUAUUGGCUCACGAUGGUAAAUUGUGUGGUCUAGUGACGCUAUCACAGCUUCUAAAGAAACUUUCUUCUGGCGAUCAAGUUGAAAGUAUUCAAAAGUUGUUUUUCGACUUUAGAGGGCUCAACAACUUCGAUGAAGUCUCGUCCUAUAACGAAAACAAGUCAGGCAAAAAGAAGUUUGUGUCGUUUACUGUUGACAGCAAGCUAUCCGAGUUGAACCAGUUCUUCGAAAAGAACUCGUCUGCCAUUAUCACAGAUGGCUUAACUCCUGUCCACAUUGUCACCAAAAUGGAUUUGUUGGGGUCUUUACUUGGCUCUUGCUAG